AGUGGGCGGGGCGCAGCAGGAGCGGGUUCCCGGAGCCCCGGCCGCUAAGGGGACUCCUGAGUGGGGCCGGGCCGUCCGCUCUGCUACCACCUCUUUGCUCGGGCAAGUAGGCUCGGUGCCUCCGCUGUGGGGUCUGUGCACCCGGGCGCUGGGGACCUGAACAGCAAGACUGUCCCGGACAUCAGUGCCCGACUUUCGUCGCCUCUUGGCUUGGAAAUGGCUACCAAGAAGUAGAUGCCCAGGCGUAAUGGUGAGGAAAUCCACGGUACUCCACGUGCCAUGAAGUAAGAUGCAGCAUAGCAUCCAUCCAGAUUAGUUAAGGUAACAAACAGGGACAUCGUGUUUUGAAAUAUGAUUAACCUCCUGAUGCAGCUUCAGAGGCUAACAACAUUAAUGGCCAGAUCUAGUGCUCACAUGGUCUUCUGAAGAAGCCAUGGGUAGCUGUUGUAGCUGUCCAGAGAAAGACACUGUCCCAGAUAACCAUCGGAACAAGUUUAAGGUCAUUAAUGUGGAUGACGAUGGGAAUGAGCUAGGCUCUGGUGUAAUGGAGCUCACAGACACGGAGCUGAUUCUGUAUACCCGGAAACGCGACUCGGUGAAGUGGCACUACCUCUGCCUACGACGAUAUGGCUAUGACUCAAAUCUAUUUUCUUUUGAAAGUGGUCGAAGGUGUCAAACUGGACAAGGAAUUUUUGCUUUUAAAUGUGCCCGUGCAGAAGAAUUAUUUAACAUGUUGCAAGAGAUUAUGCAAAAUAAUAGUAUAAAUGUGGUGGAAGAGCCCGUUGUAGAAAGGAAUAGUCAUCAGACAGAAUUGGAAGUCCCUAGAACACCUCGAACACCUACAACUCCAGGGCUUGGUGCUCAGAGCCUACCUAAUGGGUAUCCUCGAUACCCCUCGUUCGGAGACGCUUCAUCCCACCCCUCAAGCCGGCAUCCUUCUGUGGGAAGUGCCCGCUUACCUUCAGUCGGCGAAGAGUCCACACACCCUUUGCUGGUGGCUGAGGAACAAGUACAUACUUAUGUAAACACUACAGGUGUACAAGAAGAACGGAAAAACCGUGCCAGUGUGCACAUUCCCCCAGAGGCAAGAGUUUCUAAUGCCGAAAGCAACACACCAAAAGAAGAGCCAAGUAAUACUGAAGACAGGGACCCGCACGUGCUUCUUAAGCCUGAAGGCGUCAAGUUUGUUUUAGGACCAACCCCUGUUCAGAAGCAGUUAAUGGAAAAGGAGAAACUGGAGCAGCUUGGAAAAGACCAAGUCAGUGGGAGUGGUGCGAGUAGCACGGAAUGGGACACUGGCUAUGACAGCGAUGAACGCAGAGAUGUGCCCCCUGUUAACAAACUGGUGUAUGAAAAUAUAAACGGGCUGUCUAUCCCUAGUGCCUCAGGGGUCAGGAGAGGUCGUCUGACAUCUACCAGCACCUCAGACACCCAGAAUAUCAACAACUCAGCGCAGAGAAGACCUGCACUAUUAAACUAUGAAAAUUUACCAUCUUUGCCUCCUGUGUGGGAAGCCCGCAAGCUCAGUAGGGAUGAAGACGACAAUUUAGGACCAAAGACCCCAUCUCUAAAUGGCUACCAUAAUAAUCUAGAUCCAAUGCAUAACUAUGUUAAUACAGAGAAUGUAACAGUGCCGGCAAGUGCUCACAAAAUAGACUGUUCAAGGCGUAGGGAUUGCACACCCACAGUCUUUAACUUUGAUAUCAGGCGCCCUAGUUUAGAACACAGGCAACUCAAUUAUAUACAGGUGGACUUGGAAGGGGGCAGUGACUCUGACAACCCUCAGACCCCAAAAACACCGACCACUCCCCUCCCACAGACCCCCACCCGGCGCACAGAGCUGUAUGCCGUGAUAGACAUUGAGAGAACUGCUGCUAUGUCCAACUUGCAGAAAGCGCUGCCUCGGGAUGACGGCACGUCCAGGAAGACUAGACACAAUAGUACUGACCUGCCCAUGUGAGCCGGACACAUUAUGUCGGCGUCUGCACCUUCGCGAGCUUUCCACCAGGAAGAGGCAGCGCUUGUUCUCCUUUCUACACUAACUCCUUUUGUAGACUGAUCUGUUUUCCCUGAGUAUUUCCUGUGCAUCUUUAAAGGGAAUUAAUGCAGAGCAGGUACUUCACUAAUUCAUGAUGUUGUGCUCAUCGCUGUACAGCAGCGUCCUCGUUUUUACAGUGCCUAUUUACCAUGAGAAGGGAAGGGAGUGCAUACUGGCUGACGUAGACUCAGUGUUCUGGGUGUGUGCAUCUUUCAUGUUGAAGUUGUGGUUGCAUUUGAACCUUUUAUAAAGUCUCUUGACAGUGCACAUCGCUAACAUAACGCUAGGCCCUGAGAGGAAUCCUGUAGGUCACUGUUCACAGGUUAUGGUCUCCAGCAUGCAAGGUGAGGAUUUAUUUCAUCAGUUAAAGGCUUUUUGACCUGGGCCACACUUGUGUAAAAGAAACAAAGAGAGCCACACUUCCUUCUGUGCCAGUUAGUUCCUCUGUCCUCACUGUCACUAGAAAGAACCCAGUCUAGUUGUGUAUCGGAAGGCAGAAGGGAGACAGCGCCGUGUUCUCGCCUCCUGGUGUCAUUUGAAGGCAGAUAGCAUCUAACUCAGAGUUACAAUGGGUUUAGGAAUCAGUCUCAGGUCACUUUACCCAAAAACAUUUGAAAGUCUACACCAUGAUCUAUUGGUGUUUCUUUGUGAUAGGUUAUUGACACAUUGUUUCUGGAGACAUCUGUGCCAUUGAAUCCCACGAGCUUCAGUUUUAGCCCCUUCCAUCUUGCAGCUGUCUUGCCUUGUUAUAGAAUAUCUUUUAGUUACAACACAAUGUUUGUGCACCAUUUUGGAAUGGGAUUGUGUGUUUGCUCUCACUACUUAGUCUGAAUUUUCAGUUAUGGUCUUGAAGGUCCAUUUGGAGCUGUUCUCUGACAGGGUUACCCUUGUCCAGUAUUUAUUCAUCUGCUGUUUACUUUCCAAGUUGCUGACAAAAGCAUCAUUUGGAUUUUGAAUUUCAUUUGUGUCCAUGGGUAAUCUCUUUAGUAGCUGAGAAGAAAAGGAAGAUACUCUUAAAGGUUUGGGUCCCCACCAAGGGUCCUGUCCUCUCUGGGAUACCCUGUGCAGCAUGUUAGCAGGGGUUGUCCCAGCUCCACGGCCGCAGUCCCACUCUGCCGGCUCUGCUGUCCUCUCAUGUGGGGCUGGGCUCUUCUUAUCCAUGAUGUUGGCGAGCUGAUAAUGUUGCCAGCACAGCAGGUACAGGGAAGUCUUGAAGCAGUUCGAUUAUAUCAUAAUCGUGAAUGUGAAAUGAAUAAAGUUUAUAUAAACUGAUGUGAUCCCAGAUUUUGAACUCUUGGAAAUCAAGAACACUCCCAAACCACUGUAUAGUAAAUGGAAGGUUAGGCAGCCUUAUGAAAUAGUUUACUUGUUUUCUCUAAAGUUGAGGACGUUUCGUGUUAUGAUCUGGUUAUACCAGAUGUGACUGAAAAAAAGGUUUCAGUCAUCCGACGUUCAGUAUAUUUAGGAACUCAGCACAGAACAGUGCCUGGAUUAGCAGAAUAGGACUGAGGCCAUGAGAAGCGAAUUACAUGUGCUCAUCUUUAGUGCCAUUGGUUUAUAGCAUAGCAGGCGUUUCCUUUUCCUUUUCCCUCUGUGAACUAAAAUGUUGACUGUUCUCUUCAAGAGAGUAGUGGCUACAUGUGCUGUUUCCAUGGUUAAUACACUGUUCCCCACUCGUCCUUCUCCUGAGUAGUUUGUCCUUCUCCUGAGUAGUUUGCUAGUUGUGCCAAAUUUCACUGGUGGUUUUGGUGGCGUGGGGUAAGGACACUGACGGGAACAGCGUACGACUUCCUCUGUAACGAGCAGCCAGACAGGAGUAACUCUCCACCUCAGAGGACUCUUAUCUCUGGGCUGGAUGCUCUGUUCUUCCUUUGUGCUCCUGGCUUCCCUUCCGAUUGAACUUAGAGUCAUAGUUUUUAGCUGACCAAUACCACCAUUACAACUUGUGCUUCAAGUAGUAUAUGGCCUAAGAGUGCAAAUGGGACCGCUUCAUCUGCUAAGAAUUUGAUUUUAGGGUACAGCAUGAAUAUUAGGAAGAGGUAAACAGGGAUGUUAAUUUCUAGAUGUCUUCUGGAAACCACCUUUGUUUCUGUUUAGUCAGUCAUGCAGAAUACCUGUAUCCUUUACAGUCGUCUCACAGUGACAUUGAGCUCGGCCCUGGAAGAAUGUACCUGCUACUAUUUGGUAAACUUUAGAGUGAGACAUUUCACUGGCAUGUAUUUGUAGCCAUAUGUCUCAGAUUUUCUGAAGCAAACCUAAUUUUAGAUAAUUGGUUUUGUUGAUUAGAUCAUGUGACCCCACUUUUUGGUUUUGGAAAUAAAAUCCCUGCUCCCUUUUUUCUCCCCAUAUAAAAUCCUUUUUUAGUCCAUAUAGAUCUUAACAUUUCUUUUCCAGACCAGGGCUGGAAACUGAUGGGUAUCACUAGUGUUUUCUGAAUGUUGUGUUUCCCAGUUUCAUCUUCCUUUGAAAAGUGAAAAUAUGGUGCCUUUCCUCCUUUCCUCCUUCCUCCCUUCCUCCCUCUCUCCAAGAAGAUUGGAAAGCCGUUCCUUUAUCUCCUGCUGCUGUGGAGGUGAUGAGACAUGCACUUUACUCUUGAAGACUCAGCAAAUGCUAAGCUUUUCACUUCUCAGUAUCUCCACAAUAGGCUGCAUUUCCGACUUAGGGCAUUUGCCAGGCAAUCUUUGCCAUUACAGAUAUUAAUGCUGCCCCCUCCACUGUGCACUGUGUUAUAAGUCAAACGUGUUUGUUUAUGCUCCCACUGCACCCACCCGAAUCUGUGGCACAGCGUAUAAAAUGUACCUCACUAAAGUUCUGUUAAAAAUGGGACAGGGGCCUUACGUUCUCAUAACUCCCAGCAAUGUGCCACCAUGUAUUUGCCUCAAGGCAGAGGUUUAACGAGCUAACAAGUACUUCCCAGCUCCCAUGUGCUGUCUUCUACCCACAAUACCCAAGUGUUUGUGCAAUGUGUAGUGCGUAUGUAUAAAUAUAUACAUAUUAUAUAUAUAUAUUCUUUAGAGACACCAUUCAGAAGUAAUGUAUUGGCAUCUCAUUCAUAUUUCUGAUGUGAAAUAUAUGGUACUAUUUACUUUUUCCUUAAUGUUUGCCAAAUUUGAAUCAAGGCAUUGGUACAAAAUUUCAGCAUGUGUAGGAAACAUUUUGGCUUGAAAAGUUAGCAGAUCCUUUCACCCUGUCAGUGUGCUCCGCGCAGACCAGCGCCCUGCCGUCUCGCUGCCCAGUUCCCAUCCCUGUGUCCUUGAUUUUCAGGGUGUAACACAAUUCUUUCAUAGCAUCCUGUUGUUGAAAUUCUCUGGCAAUUGGACAAUGACAAUGUGGAAACAGGCUGGUAUAGAUAGUACAGUAGUCACCAGGUGCCGCAUUUGCAUUAGUAAAUGCAAAAUAGAUGUUUUAUAAAGGACAGACUUUGUGUUAUGUUUCUAUUUUCAUUACAUUGUAUAAUAAUGUAAGAUUAUUGUAUGUUCUAAUUUGCAUUAUAAAUGUUUUUUUCCUACAUAAAGGCAUAAAUAUAGCAACUUUGUAUAAAGGUAGCUUAUUAGAUUUAAAUUUUUCUUUUAUAAAAGUUGUCUACAGUGGGACUACCAUUGCCAAAUUGUAUAUGAGAUACAAAUCUUCCCCUAUGGUUAAUUUCUUUUCUAAACAUUCCAUAUUUCUCUAAUGAAAGACGUGAUACUGUACUAUGCAUAAAUUGUGUUUUAGUGCUGUUGUAUAUCAGCAGUUUAAUUUUGGGUUGGCAAACGUAACCACUGUUAAUUACAAUAAAACCUUGUGUGUAUAACGGCGUCGCUGGCCCUCUCACCCCUGUCCUUGUUCUCACUCCCCCAUCAGUGCCAAUGUCAGACGUUCUGUAGCAUGGCAAUAAAGCAGACCUUUUACACUGAGGCAGAGCGUGGCUCUGUUCAGGGCACGGGGGUGGGAGGCCCGCCUGCCCACCCAUAGCCGUCGUCCCGGUGUGGGGCUCUUUUGCCAUAUAAGCCAUGUUGUCAGGCGUGAGAAGUUAUAUAUGAUGUAAACAUGCUCUAAGGACAAGUGUGGCUGUGCUCGAAAGCUUUGUUCUUGAUGUAACAGUUAUAACUAGUUUUUAAUCUUUGGAAAAAUCAAAGUCCUUGAAGUACAAUCAAGACUUUAUUAACUGGAGUACUUAAAGAAUAAGCUAGUGAUGGGAUUUUGUUCAACAAGGGCUAAGCAACACUUUAAAAUGUUCUUAUUUAUUGUCUUAGUAUACUUCACUAUCCUGAAAUUACAAUGUGUAAACUGUGGUUUCAUCUUGGACUAUGUAGCAUCAUGCAGUGCCAUACUGUUACCAUUCUGGCAUAAAUACCCAUGAUGAGGUACUCAAGUUGAUACUGGAAGCUGAGCUGACCAUACACUGACCUUAAGCAUUCAUGAAAAACUGCUUUGUUGAAUAAAAAUCUGAUGAGUUCUUAUGGUCACUUUCCCCUUAUUGCCAAAAGUAGAUUGCAAUAAAACCCAAAUAAAAGUUUGAAUACUUA